AGCGCAGCAGGACCCCUCUCCGCCGCGCCUAAAACCCCGAUACACAGCUUCACAACAAAACACAACAACUUGGGAAGUGGAGGUAACGGGGAAUUUAUCACCGGACCGGGAGAGAACCAAAGGGGCGGGACGGCUUCGUGGCUGAUGGACUCGGUGAUGAAAAAACGCCCGUAACUAAUGCCGUGGUCUCCCAUCCUUCCCCCGUCCGACCAGCGGUUCUUUUUUUCUUCGUCUCUUCUUUCCGGAUGAUGUAACUUCUCUCUGACAGACCGGGUUCGGACGGAUCCACUGGAAGCGCAGCAGACGCUGAUAUUCCGACGCGUGCGAGUCCGCAUCCUCCCGGCGCAGGACCCUGUUUUUACGCAGCGCCCAGCGGGACGCUCCUCGGCGGGGAGGUGCAGUCAUGUGGCAGAGGAUUCAGAUUUGUUGGGCUCUGUUUGCACUGUAUUCAGCGGCACCGCCUGCACACAUCAACCGCCUGGCCCUAUUCCCUGACAAGAGCGCCUGGUGCGAAGCCAAGAACAUCACACAGAUAGUCGGGCACACGGGUUGUCAGCCUCGCUCUAUUCAAAACAGAGCUUGUCUGGGUCAGUGUUUCAGUUACAGCGUCCCCAACACGUUCCCACAGUCCACCGAGUCCCUGGUGCACUGUGACUCCUGCAUGCCUGCCCAGACACAGUGGGAAGUGGUGACCUUGGAGUGCCCGGGCAGCGAGGAGUCUCCUCAUGUGGAUAAGCUAGUAGAGAGGAUCUUCCACUGCAGCUGCCAGUCCUGCAGUAAAGAAAGUGGCGAGGACGGAGCGGUGAUGCAGCUGUACUCAGCUGACCACGUCCCGGACGCCCCGUCUCUGUCCGACACGCUCAUCGAUGCUCAGUCUCACCCUCUGCCCCCCGCAGACACGCACUCCAAAAAGCAUGUCCACCCACACAGAGACCAUCACACACUACCACACACAUCAGAUGGAGGAUAGGCACGACUUGUUUUCAUCACUCUGCUCCUCGCUCUGCUCCUUCACGGCAUCCUUCUGUAGUAUUGUAAAGGCACUUUCAAAAUAUGGCUUCAGGUCAGUCAAAACGUUUCUCUAAAAGCAUGUGCAUGCACACACACACACACACACACACACACACACACAUAUCAACUCGUACAAACACACCAGCCUCUUUCUUUUUGUUUUUUUUCUGACUUAACAAGCAAAUGUGUGCAUCCAGACGGUACAUGUCUGUUAAUA